AUGGAUUCUAAUGAAGCUACGGCUUUUCCCGUUUCAGUGACUUCCUCAGGUUCUUCGUCUUCGACUUAUAUGCCUGAUAAUGAAAAUUUAUUGAAAACAAGUGUUGUGGAUAGUGAUGUUAAGGAUGAUAGUGAGAAUGGUAUUAAGGAUAGUGUUUCUGAUGAAGAGGACGAGGGGGGUUAUGUUAGUGGGCAAGAGGAGUUUGAACCGGCGUCGGAGAAGGCGGUUUUGAGGGUUUUGGAUGGGGAAACUUUAGGGAAGGGUGCUGAGGAUAGGGGUUUUGAUGAUGCCUCGGGAAUUUCGAUAGUAAAGGUUGAUGCUUUACCGAUUUCUGGGGUUUCUGAGAAUGAUAAUGGUGUUGAAAAAGGGAUUAAUGAUGACGAAAAAGGCAUGGUUUUGUUGGGGAAAGGUUCUAUUGAUAGUGAUAGUGAUACUGACGAGUCGAAAGUGAUUGGGAUUGAGGGUUUUGAGGAGAAGGGUGAAGUUCAUGGUUCUGAGUUAGAUGAGGGAGCAAAAGAAAGUGGUGGUGAGUUUCCAGAUAGUUAUGAGAAUAAGGAGUUUGAAAAUGCUGAAUUUAAUGCAAAGAAGGUGGUGGAGGAGGUUGAGAUGGAUAGAGAUAAGGCUGAGGAGAACCAGAAGAUUGAGUCUUUAACCAGUGAAGCUCCAGCUACUGAACCGGUUGCAAAAGGGAAUUCUUUAGAACCGGCAGAAUCAGAGUUGGAUGAAGCAGGUGGGGUGAAAUUCACAUCUGAAGGGGAUUCUGUUGUUGAUAACAUUCAUGUUGGUACCCCUGGGCUGGGGGUGUCUGUUUUUAGGGAGGUAGAACCCGAGGUUGAAAAAGUGGAGGUUCCAGUUGAUGAGAAUGUGGAACCAGACCGUGCUUCUUUUGAAACUAGCUAUGGAGUUGAAGAACCACGUAGUGUGGAAUUCACAUCUGAAGGAGAUUCCAUUGUUGAUACCACUAAGGCUGACACCCCCAUCCCCAAUGUGCCUGGGGUGGUGGUUGUUGGGGAGACAGAUGAAAUUGAAAGAGUGAAAGUUCCAGUUGAUGAGAAUGCUGAAACAGUUUAUGAAAGCUCUGAGUUCAAGCCAAUUGAACCUGACAAUAAUGCUGCUGAUGAAAAGAUUGAUGCAGGAGCUGUUGAUGAUAUGGCAAAUGAAGUUCACGUGGGUGUAACAGAAAAUGAUUCCCUUGAUAGAGACGGAGCUCAGGAUGUUGAGAAUAUUGUAAAGAAGUCAGAGAAUGGGUUUAACACAGUUGGCGUUUCGGAGACCCAAGAGAAUGGAACUAGUAUGAAGAUUAGCAAUGACAGAGAACUUGAGCUCUUGAGUGAAACAGUAGGAGGAGAUGGAGAUACUAAUGGUGAAUUUGCCCAUGUUAAUGUUACUGAUCAAUUCGAGGACGAGGUCCACAAGGAAUCAAAAUCAAAACCAUUCCUCAAUCCUCGUGAAAUUACUGAAGCUGAAGAUGAAGGCCGAUAUCAAAUGAAUGAAGAAGUUGACCCUGAAGACUUGAUCUCAGAUGAGGCAACUGAUGCUAUGAUAUUUGGAAGUUCUGAGGCAGCCAAGCAGUUCAUUGAGGAGCUGGAACGGGGAUCAGGCGCUGACAGUUCGCUUGAGCACUCUCAAGGGAUUGAUGGUCAAAUUGUUACGGACUCAGAAGAAGAAGCCGACACUGAUGAAGAAGAAGGGGAUGGUAAAGAGUUGUUUGAUUCUGCUGCAUUGGCAGCUCUUUUGAAAGCUUCAACAGGUGCUGAUUCAGAUGGUGGUAGUACCACCAUAACCUCUCAAGAUGUAUCUAGGCUUUUCUCUGUCGAGCCUCCUGCUGGCCUGGGAUCUUCACUCCGGUCUUUACGACCUGCCCCACAACCAAACCGCCCCAACCUUUUUACUCCUACCACUUUUGCUGGGAGGGGAGAAUCUGAGAACAACUUGAGUGAAGAAGAGAAAAUGAAACUGGAGAAGUUACAGCAGAUCAGAGUGAAGUUUUUGAGGCUUGUUCAUAGAUUAGGCCUUUCUCCAGAGGAACCCGUGGCAGCACAGGUUCUGUAUCGGUUCACACUUCUUGCAGGAAGGCAGAAUGGCCAAAUUUUUGGUGUGGAUGCUGCCAAGAGAAUGGCCGUGCAGCUUGAAACAGAAAGAAAAGAUGAUUUGGACUUCAAUGUGAACAUAUUGGUUCUUGGAAAAUCUGGAGUGGGUAAAAGUGCUACCAUAAAUUCGAUAUUUGGAGAGGAGAAAGCACCAAUUGAUGCGUUUGAAACUGGGACGACUUCUGUGAAAGAGAUUAGUGGAUUUAUUGAUGGAGUUAAGGUUGUGGUUUCUGACACGCCUGGUCUCAAGUCUUCUGUAAUGGAACAGGCUUACAACCGUAAUGUAUUGUCUUCUGUAAAGAAGUUCACAAAGAAAAGCUCCCCAGAUGUCGUCUUCUAUGUGGAUCGAUUGGAUGCUCAAACCAGAGAUCUUAACGACCUACCACUACUGAGGACUGUUACUAGUUCUCUUGGCCCCUCUAUCUGGAGAAGUGCAAUAGUCACCCUUACACAUGGUGCCUCUGCACCUCCAGACGGUCCUUCUGGUACUCCUUUGAGUUACGAGGCUUUUGUUGCUCAAAGAUCUCAUGUUGUCCAGCAGUCCAUUGGGCAUGCGGUUGGUGAUCUACGUAUGAUGAGUCCAAGUCUCAUGAAUCCCGUUUCUCUUGUGGAAAACCACCCCUCUUGUCGGAAGAAUAGGGAUGGUCAGAAAAUACUUCCCAAUGGCCAGAUUUGGAGAUCUCAGUUGUUGUUGUUAUGCUACUCGAUGAAGAUAUUAUCAGAAGCAAGUUCUCUCUCAAAACCCCAAGAUCCAUUUGACCACCGCAAGCUCUUUGGUUUUCGAGUUCGCUCACCACCUCUUCCGUACAUGUUGUCAUCGAUGUUGCAGUCUCGUGCACAUCCAAAGCUUCCAUCCGAGCAGGGUGGUGACAAUGCUGAUUCUGAUAUAGACUUGGAUGAUUUUUCGGAUUCUGAUCAAGAAGGAGAAGAUGAAUAUGACCAGCUUCCUCCCUUUAAGCCUCUGAGGAAAGCUCAGAUAGCUAAGCUCAGCAAAGAACAGAAGAAGGCAUAUUUUGAAGAGUACGACUAUCGGGUGAAGCUACUUCAGAAGAAGCAGUUUAAAGACGAAAUCAGAAGAAUGAAAGAAUUUAAAAAACGAGGGAAGGAUCCUGCAACUGAUUAUGGUAAUCUGGAGGAAGAGGCUGAUGCUGGAGCUGCAGCUCCUGUGGCAGUUCCUCUACCAGACAUGGCCCUGCCACCUUCAUUUGAUGGCGAUAAUCCUGCCUACAGAUACCGAUUCUUGGAGCCAACUUCUCAGUUUCUUGCAAGACCAGUUCUCGAUACCCAUGGUUGGGACCAUGAUUGUGGCUAUGAUGGUGUUAACCUCGAACAUGGCCUCGCUAUUGCUAAUCGCUUCCCAGCUGCAUUUACAGUUCAAAUCACGAAAGAUAAGAAAGACUUCACCCUCAGUUUGGAUUCCUCGGUUUCAGUUAAGCACGGAGAGAAUAUCUCGAGCAUGGCAGGGUUUGAUAUUCAAAGUAUAGGAAAGCAACUUGCAUACAUUGUCCGAGGUGAAACCAAAUUCAAAAAUUUGAAGAAGAACAAGGCAGCUGGUGGAAUGUCUGUUACUUUUCUAGGUGAAAAUGUGGUGCCUGGUGUGAAAAUUGAGGAUCAGAUUACAUUGGGAAAACAGUAUAUUUUGGUUGGUAGCUGUGGUGCUGUUCGUUCACAGAGUGAUACUGCAUAUGGAGCCAACUUCGAAUUGCAACGAAAGGAGCUUGACUCUCCAAUGGGCCAGGUUCAAUCGACCCUCAGCAUGUCUGUGAUUAAAUGGCGUGGAGACUUAGCUCUUGGGUUCAACAGCCUGGCUCAGUUCUCAAUUGGGCGUAAUUCUAAGGUUGCUGUCCGAGCCGGGAUUAACAACAAGCUCAGUGGUCAGAUCACCGUAAGGACAAGUAAUUCGGAGAAUCUCUCUCUUGCGCUUGCUGCUAUUAUUCCGACUGCAAUUUCCAUUUACAGGAAGCUCUGGCCUGGUGUUGCAGACAAGUAUUCAAUCUACUAG